CGUCAAGGAGUGUGGCCUCUCCUUUGCGUAGUGAUAGAUUGCCAUGUUGAAUCCGGUUGCGAAAACCGAAUAUGCUCCACACAAUUAGUUCAAUGUUUCUUCAUCAUGAAAUAAGUGAUGAUCAUUGCCACCAUUGAUGCCAACUCUUAUGUAGAAACAGCAUACCGUUCCGAGAAUCUGAUUACAGCAGAGCUCUAGGAGGUACAGCUUGGCCAACAUUCCUUUCCCUCUCAGCCACUCACUCAAACACUACAAACGUCAUGUAUGAUGCUACAUGUGUCUUCAUUCAACAAAGAUCCGCGUCCAUUUCUUAAUUUCUUUAGUGACCAUUGAGUGUCAAAGACACGUAUGACAAAUAUAAUUGGUGUCUCCAUUAGAUGCUCGUUCAAGAGCACCAACGUUUCAUGUGUCGCUCAUUCGGACACGUUCUGAAUAAGGAGACCUCAUUUGAAGCAGUUCAUUUCUUGUGAUUGUGGCGCAGCAUUUCCGGUCAUAAAGAAAUUAACAUUGGUAGGGACGUUCAAGAGUGCUAGUCCAUCAUUAUGAUGCAACCAAUAACGACUCAGCCAGGUGGACCGCCCAUGGGCAUGGUCCCUUUAAAUGUUCCCCCGGGCUUGGAAUAUCUCACCCAACUGGAUAUGCUCCUAGUGAAACAAAAGUUCGAGGGCUUGGAAGCCUUUCUGGGGUUUGAGACGCAAAACAAGUACUCCAUCCGCAAUUCCAUGGGUCAAGAUGUUUACAAGGCCAAAGAAGAUUCGGAUUGCUGCUCCAGGAUGAUGUGUGGCAAUAUCCGGCCGUUCUCAGUCUUCGUCAAGGAUUUUCAGGAUCAAGAGGUCAUGGUCUUUUCUCGACCUUUCAAUUGCUGCCUCCAAUCCAUUGAAGUACAAUCGCCCCCUGGAACAGUCAUAGGUUCCAUUCAACAAGAAUGUACCCUGUGCAGUUCCGAGUUCAUCGUUUAUGACCAAAGUGACAACCCGACCUUACGAAUUAGUGGACCAGCCUCUUGCUUUGCCUUCAGUUUGUGUGGGGAUGUGGAAUUCCAGGUCUUGACCGGAGAUGGUAGUACCGAAAUUGGAAAGAUCACCAAGCAAUGGUCCGGGUUCCUACGGGAAGGAUUCACGGAUGCUGACAACUUUGGGAUCUCAUUUCCCAUCGAUUUAGAUGUACGAAUGAAAGCUACUUUAUUGGGUGCACUUUUUCUGAUUGAUUUCAUGUUUUUUGAAAAGAGCUCCAACGAUUGAUUUGUCAGAGCAUGUUGCGUAAAUUCAUGUUUUCCUCUUCAUGUCACUACCUUCAUUACAUUCCAAAUAUUCAGCUUCAACUUAACGUAAUCUCAGAUUUAUAUGUUUGAUCUACAAUCAUAAUUUCUUGCCCAUGAAACGUGACGAUAUUAUAGCUUACCGUUGAAUUCCUUCCAUUAUUAAAAGGUAUUUCUGUCGUGCGA